AUUUGGGAUUGAGCCGGCGCGACGGUUAUCCUAACACCGGUGUAGGUUGUUUGGUUGAUUGUAGCAACCGGACGAAAGCGGCGGUGACGGUGUUUUAACACCAUCUAAUGAAUUUGGUGUAAAAUUCCCCGAGUCUUUUAUGAAGCUCAAUGUGGGCAGAAUUAAAUAAUGAAUCUGGGAGAUGGCCUGAUGUUUGAACUUGAGAACGGGAAGCCCAAGCUUGUGUUAACCCACUAUGGUGAGUCAAAGCCCUCCAGUAAGAUGGGAUUUUGCCAAAUCCCACAGAAGAGUCGACUGCCGAAUGCCACAUCCACCUCCAAACAGGGUCCUAAAGAAGAGGAAAGAUGGCAAAAAGACAGGAAGCGCAGAGACGCCGGUGGCGUCAAUCACGCUGAACACGGCAGCCGAAAGACCAAAACGAAGAGCAGGACAGAUCAGUGCAGUGUCAUAGGGGUGGUCAGGGUGCAGUCAGCGAGCAAAACCAAAUCCACCAGCGAAAAAUCCAACGUGGCGGAGAAGGCCGUAAAGGAGAGCUUAGUGUGUUUAACUCAAGAACAACUUCAGCAGAUCCUCAACAGCAUCAAAGUAUCAGAUCAAAAUGACCAAGCUGAUUCUGCAGCUCACAUCCAGAACGGAGGAGCUACUAAAGAAGAACAAACCGAAACGGUGACAAGUGCAACUGGCAAAGACCAACAGAUAAACUCACAAAGAGAAGGAAAUAAGGAAAAGACCCUGAGCGAUUCCACCCCGACAGGCCUGUUCAGCACUUUUGGAGAACGUGAGCCGGAGAGAGAAACACUAAAGGCUAAAAAAGCUCAGUGGCGAAGAGAACUAGACGAGCAGAUGGCACUGAAAAAACAGCUGAAAGGGAGCGCAGAGGUUCUGCAUCAUAGCGAGCAAAACAGAGGCACAGGCAGUGGAUCUAGAUCAAGUGACCAGCUCUCUGGGGUGCAGGAGGACGGAACAAAACAGACCGGAACAGGAAUCGCACAUAACCGGCCACCAGCUCCUCAACUGCACAGCAACCCGAAGGUUCUUCCCGCUGCCAUCCGCUCGGCGUUUGUAUUAGGGGAAGCCGCACCUCUGGAGCAGGCGUUCAGUGAGGAGAAGAAAGAGCAGCAGAGACGCUGGCUGCAGGAACUGGAGCAGCAGAGAGAGGAAACUUUGCUGAGGCGGAAAUUGGAGAAACAGAGCCAGAGCCAGGCAGAGGAUCAUGAGCGCUGGGCCAUGCACUUCGAUUCGUUUCAGCGGCGUCUCCCAGCACAGCAUCAUCCUCCUGCUGCUGAGAUUGAUCACCACGGAAGCUCCCUCUCCCAUUACCGCGCCCCCUCUCAGGCACUAUCCACUGCUUGGGAGGGUAUGAGCACAUAUGGAAUGGACAGUAUGGGCAGAGCCAGUGUCGACACCACUCAGAGCUUUCAGCCAAAGACCAGCUACCUGCGUACCAUGACUGCACUGCUGGAUCCAGCUCAGAUAGAGGAGAGAGAAAGAAAGCGAGCGAAACAGCUCGAACAACAGCGAGCUAUCGAGGCCCAGGUAGAAGAGCAAAGAAGACAGAAAGAGAAAGAAGAGGCUAUUCGACAGGCCAUGGAACAGAAGGAAGAGAACCGUGUCGCCAGAGAGAGGGAACUUCUACAGCAGCAGUUCAUGAAAGAGAGUCAGCUACAGAAACAAAAGGAGGAGUUAAAGUCACGCAAAACAGAAGAGCUGUAUCUGAGCGUGCAGAGGGCGUCAGAGGAAGCGCAGAAAAACAAACACCUUCUAAGGAUUAAAGACCUGGUGAAGAAAGGCCACGAUGUUUCUAACCUGCUGCAGGGUGAAACAACCUCACAGGCAUUGGCUGGUCAAGGUUCUGAGAGUUUGGCUACAUUGGACACUAUACCAGAGGCUCCACACACAUCCAGGAAAGACACUGCAGUUCAGACAGAGGCCAACGGAGGCAUUGAAGCUGCCGCAGUAUACAAAGCUCCUCCCAAUAUAAAACGACCCAGACGUGAAGGCAGACCAGCCGAAAAGAACAGUGGGAAAGAGAACAUGUGCAAGGCCAUGACCGAAACGGAUCCUUAUGAAGCCUACGUCCGAACCGACAGAACUCCUGCACAGCAACUCCUCAGGAAACCCGAGUGGAACACGCAGAGGCCCGGGAAGGCUUUUGUUCCUGCAUCAGAGCGUUACCCUGCUGCCCUGCAGAGGCACCGCCAGGAGAACAGGAUGCGCAGACAGAUGGAGCUCAUGACCCUGGUGGAGAGGAACACACUUUCUAGAACGCCGCAGCAAGCAGCGCCUGCACGUUCAGGAAAUCCGUCUCACACUCAGCACCACUCAAACUCGGCUCAUCAGAAAGAAGAGGAUUCGCAUCGAGUACAAUCUGCAACUCAAAGCAGAGUUCCCUCUCCGCCCGUCCCUGCAGUGAAGCACAGACUCCAGCUUCUUCCCCCAUCCCAUGCAGAGGAAGAGUCAGAGAGCUGUGGAUGGCCUCCACCAUCUGAUUACAUCCCAUAUGUGCGAACAGAUGAGGUCUACCACCUUGAUCCUCUUGCCCCACUUUCGAGACCCGCCACACACGAAGGAACCCAGAAGAUACAUGCAGAGGUGAGCAGCAACAGACAGCCCAUGCCUGUGGUUCAGCGGGAUCCCCUCCUACACCCCGAGCUGCUGAAGAGCACAGAGAGACAGCAGGCUAUACUCAAAGGCUUAUCUGAACUCAGACAGGGCCUGCUGCAGAAACAGAGAGAACUCGAAAGCAGUUUGAGCCCUUUACUGCAGGGGCAAAGCAGAACCCACUCACCGGCUUUCCAGCCCCCAUAAGAAAACCACACAUUGGGAGUACAACAUACACCAGCACUUUACUGAAGACCCACUCAGGAUCCCAACUAUUUCAUUCGGCAGCAGUUUGGAUCCUGCUGCAAAUAACACAUGCACUUUAUAUUGACCGUGGUUGUUUUUCCACAGUAUUUAGAGUUCCUAAAGGUAAAUAUGUAUUUCUCUUUAAGUUGAGGUACUAGGGGUUAUGAAGUGUGGUUGAUGGUAUUAUUUAUUGGGUUGAUUUGACUGUAUUCACUUGAACUGGAGACAAUGUGAAUUUCUCACCAGUUUUUAACCAGGUAUUUUAAUGGAAAUUAAAGUAUUUUGGACUUUGGUAAAA